UCCACGAUACCCUCGUCUCCCUCCCAAUUUUCCCUUCAUGUUUCGAAUUUCGCAACAAUCUUGGAGCCAAAGCUUCCAAUUCUUUGAGGAGAAUUUAAUAUAUUCUUUUUAAUUUACUGUUUUUAAUUUUUUAUAGGGAAAAAGAACAAAAAUAUACCUUAGUUUUGCUACUUCACAGACAUAUAUCCCUUCUGAACAUAUAUAUCUCCAAUUUCAUCGGUACAUCUACGAAAUUUUGUUUUCCGUAACUCACAAAUUUCAGAUACAUCCGAUUCUCAUCAAUUCAGAAGCUUCAAAUUUCGAUUUUAACUUGAUUUUGUUGAAACAUUUCGUUUGUUUUCUUCAAUUUCACCGAUUAUAGAAUUCUUCCUAUUUUUUGUCCUUACGUGGUCUCGCUCUUUGGGAUAAGUAAAUUUGGAAAGUUGUCGAUGUUGUUUCGAUUGUGUUUCUGUAACUGAUUGAUUCGUUGAAGUGGUGAGUUUUUGGAGCAAUUGACGUGAGUCUCGGGUUUUGAAUUGGAUUUGAGAUUCGCAGAAUUGGGGAUUUGAGUUCGAAGGAUUUGUUGUUUCGAUUUGAAAAUUAGGGUUUUGGUUUUGGGAUGGUUGAGGAUUUUCCUAACGUACAACUUCGCGUGCGAGGAGUACAUCCCCACGUAACCGAAUUUUGAUGAGGAGAAAGAUGUUUGUGAAACGGACGGUGAAAGUGGAAAUGCCGAAACUCAAGCGGUGCAAAACCGAGGAGGAUGAGAAAUUGAAAACUGAAGAGCUGUUCACAGUGCCUAUAAAGGAAUUAGAAGAUUACCGCACUAGUUUGGUGGAUUCGUUUUGUAGAGAAGCUUUGAGUUACGCGGGUGAAGUGGAAUCAAGCUUCGCUUUAGCUGGAGCUUCGAGAAGCUUGGAAAAAGCUUUUGAGGUUCAUAACCAUAAUAAGCCUCCACUUUUGAAGUCUUCUCGUGGCCGCAUUCAAGUGCUUCCUUCAAAGUUCAAUGACUCUGUUUUGCCUUCGUGGAAGAAAGAACAAAACCCAGAAGAACAAGAGCUGUUGUGCUUGAGUGAGAAAGAUGAAGGAGCAGUUCUGCCUCACAAGAAAAGGUUCAAGUCUGAAGGGUAUAAUCAACGAAUGCAGCAUUUGCCUAGUUCUGUAAAAUUUGAGGAUAGACAAUUUGGUUAUAUGCAGAGUAAAGAUUGUUCUAGAAGUUCUGUGACGUCAGUAGGUGAAGUUGGUGGUUCUUCAGCUCUGGUGGAGAGUGGUGGGUGUGAAUCACGGGGGAAGAGGGGCUUUGCAAGGGAGGAUAGUAAUUAUAUGAAGGAGAAGGUUGGAAAGAAGAAGGAUUUCUUUGAGCCGGGAGAUUUUGUUUUGGGAGACAUAGUGUGGGCAAAAUGUGGAAAGAAUUACCCUGCUUGGCCUGCUGUGGUGAUUGACCCGUUAUGGCAAGCACCUGAGGCUGUUCUAAGGGCUUGUGUUCCAGGCACACUCUGUGUGAUGUUUUAUGGCUACUCCAAAAGUGGGCUAAGGGAUUAUGGGUGGGUCAAAGCUGGAAUGAUCUUUCCUUUCCAAGAGUAUGUGGACAGAUUUCAGGGGCAGACUAAGUUGUAUGGCAGCAGACCAAGUGAUUUUCACAUGGCAAUAGAAGAGGCAAUUCUAGCUGAACAUGGUUACUCUGAUAAACGCCCUGAGAUGGAACAGGAGACAUCUCCAGCAACUAAUGACAGUGGAAUUGAAGAGGCCACUGGAUCGAAUCAGGAGCUGGACUUAUGUUUCUCUGACCAGCAGGAUGGAUAUGAUAAGAGGAAAGACACUCGACGAUGCGACAGCUGUUAUUUGAUUUUUCCAUUCCGAACCAUGAAGAAAGUUAAAGAUACAAUGUCCAAGGCCCAGUUUUUUUGUGGGCAUUGUGUUAAGUUGAGGAAAUCAAAGCAAUAUUGUGGCAUAUGCAAGAAUAUUUGGCAUCAUUCAGAUGGUGGGGACUGGGUGUGUUGCGAUGGUUGUGAUGUUUGGGUGCAUGUGGAGUGUGCAGAUAUUUCCAGCAAUGUUUUAAAGAAUCUACAGAACACUGAUUACUUUUGCCCUGAGUGCAAAGCAAAUUCUAACAAAAAAGCGUCGGUCUCAGAGCAGCGGGGGGCAAAAGCGAGUAUUUCAAACAGAUUAAAAGAGAGCAAUGGAAGUUUGAUGCCUGACAAGAUUACUGUCGUAUGCACUGGCGUCGAAGGGAUUUAUUAUCCUGAUCUACACUUAGUUCAAUGCAAGUGUGGUUCUUGUGGAACAAGGAAGCUAACACUUAGUGAGUGGGAGAGACAUACUGGUUGCCGAGCAAAGAAAUGGAAGUGCAGCGUGAAAGUGAAGGGCUCAAUGAUAACACUGGAUCAAUUGCUUUCAGAUCAUAAUGCUUAUAACUUUACCUAUCAGAAGUUUACCUAUCAGAAGUUAGAUCACCAGCAGCUGUUUGCAUUUUUAAGAGAGAAGUAUGAACCUGUUCAUGCAAAGUGGACUACAGAGAGAUGUGCUAUUUGUAGAUGGGUUGAGGAUUGGGACUAUAAUAAAAUAAUCAUAUGCAAUAGGUGUCAAAUAGCCGUACAUCAGGAAUGCUAUGGAGUUAGCAAUCUUCAGGAUUUUGCUUCAUGGGUCUGCCGAGCAUGUGAGACCCCUGAAAUUGAAAGAGAAUGUUGUCUUUGUCCAGUCAAAGGUGGUGCGCUAAAGCCAACUGAUAUUGACUCCCUGUGGGUUCACGUCACAUGUGCAUGGUUUCGGCCAGAAGUUGCUUUCCAUAAUGCUGAUAAAAUGGAGCCUGCCGUUGGGCUUCUUAGAAUUCCUCCGAACACUUUUUUGAAGGCAUGUGUGAUCUGCAAACAAGUUCAUGGAUCAUGCACUCAAUGCUGCAAAUGUGCCACCAAUUUUCAUGCUAUGUGUGCUUUGAGGGCUGGAUAUCAUAUGGAAUUGAACUGCUCAGAGAAGAACGGUGUACAGAUAACAAGAUGGUUAUCAUAUUGCGCGUUUCACAGGGCCCCAGAUACAGAUAAUGUCUUGGUCAUGCGGACUCCGUUUGGAGUGUUUUCUACAAAAAGUUUGGUUGAAAGACAAAGCCAAGAACAUAGUUUGAGAGGUAGAAGGCUCAUCUCAUCUAAGGCUCUUGAAUUCCCUGAGGCAUCUGAUGCUGGGACCAGUAGCUUUGAGCCAUUCUCUGCUGCAAGGUGUCGUAUCUUUCAGAGAUCUAGCAAUAAGAGGGCUGGACAAGUGGCACUAUUCCAUCGACUGAUGGGGCCAAGGCAUCAUUCUUUAGAAGCAAUAGAUUGCUUAAACUCACAAGAAUUGGCUGGAGAUGUGAAGGCUUUUUCAACACUCAAAGAACGGCUGAUCCAUCUACAGACGACAGAAAGCCGUAGAGUUUGUUUCGGUAAAUCUGGAAUACAUGGAUGGGGCCUCUUUGCACGGCGAAGCAUUCAAGAAGGAGAAAUGGUCCUUGAGUAUCGUGGGGAACAGGUGAGGCGUAGUGUUGCUGAUCUAAGGGAGGCACGAUAUCGGCUGGAGGGAAAAGAUUGUUAUCUGUUUAAAGUAAGCGAGGAAGUGGUAAUUGAUGCCACAAAUAAAGGGAAUAUUGGACGUUUAAUCAAUCAUUCGUGCAUGCCCAAUUGCUAUGCGAGGAUCAUGAGUCUGGGUGAAGAGGAGAGCCGGAUAGUUCUUAUAGCCAAAAGCAAUGUCUCAGCUGGUGAUGAGUUGACGUAUGAUUAUUUGUUUGAUCCUGAUGAGCAUGAUGAUCUUAAAGUGCCCUGCCUAUGUGGAGCUCCGAAUUGCCGGAAGUUUAUGAACUAGUGUAGCUGAUGUACAGGAUUUAUUCGUACAGUGACGUGCUGACAUGAAUACAACAAAUCUUUUUUUUUUUUAACAGCCAAGAGUUUUGUCAUUCUUACUCCAAUUGAAUUAAUUUUAAGUUGUAAAUUAGAUGUAUACACCAGCUAUUUAGCUGGCAUUUUACACUCUUCAUAUCGUGAAAGCUUCUUUCUUCUCACAAAAGGAAAAAGGAAAAAAUUGUUGAAUAACUGUUAUGCUAUUUGAUUUAUUUGGCAGAAGAGGGCUAAUUGCAUUGUGAGUUUUGAAUCUUCA